AUGGUGGUCUCGGCGUAUGUCUAUCACCAUCGGGGCAACGAGCCGAACACCGGCUUGGGCAUGAAUAUCGCACAGAUGGGUCCCGAGAAGGGUGUUCCAGAGAUGGCAAGGCGCAUGAUCAAAACUGUCCACUACAUGGUCGACGCCUACAAAGUGGCCCCACCAGACAUGUACAUCAUUCGCUUUGAGAUCAUCACGAAUAGCUCAAAGAACUUCAAUCGCACCAUUCAGGAGAUGGUCCGCUUCCUCUUUGGAGAGGACAUCACCGAGAGGCAGAGACAGGCAAUCUUGGAUUCCGCCGUGGCCGAAGAUCUACAGGCGGGUGAGAAUGGGCUCUCCUGGCAUCUCCCCCACAACUCCAUGGAACAGGCGGCGUAUGGCAACCACACCAACGACGACGAGGACAUGAUGGAAGCUCGAAACUACCUGCCACUGGUGGACCCUGAUCUUUUGGCCAAGUUCCAACUCCUUCGGGCUGAACUGGGCUAUACAGGCUAG